AUGGUGAACAUCUUUCAGCGCCUCACUAGACGAGCGACAGGCUCCAACACCGAGAGCGGAACAACCGGCGCAGGCCAAGAUUCGAAUAUUUCAUCUAACUCCCAUGUCUUGCAUAGAAAAGACAGUGCUGCUUCAGUGAAGCGCGCUCGUCGACAUGACUAUGAAGCAGAAGACCCAAUACCACGGCUUCUAAUCUUGAUAUCUGAUUCACCGGAAUUUGAUCCGGAGAUUAUUCGGCAGUUUCGGGCUGAGGCCUUCGACGUGGAAUAUAUGCCUUUUAUGUGCACUGGCGAUGCUGAGAAAGACCGCAAGGCACUGGAAAAUAAAGUGCAAAUGAGGGAAGAUGACUUGGAGCAUGGGGAGAGGUAUGCUAUAAUUGCAUAUAAUCGACCAGCAUACUACCUCCUAGUAUCCCACCAUCUCAUCUCAAGCAAUACAAACCCUUUCCCACGACUAUGUGCUCUAAUAGCAUACUACCCCCUUUCAUCAACAUACAUUCAUAAAUCCAGCAUGGAUAUUCAAAGCCUAUGCGGUACUCCAGCUUGCUCAGAAACCGAAUCAAUAUUCCAACCAGGCUCAUCAGCAAACUUCCUGCCAAUUCAAAUCCAUAUGCCAGGCGAAAUGGAAAGCAAAUGCACAUUCUGGCCCUGGAUAACAUUAUCUUCUGAGGGAGAUGUUACGUACAAAAAGCGACAUCGGUGUCAUGUAUUUACGUACCCAGAUUCACAAGCCGGGUUUGCGGAAUACAGACAUCAGAUCCAGCGAGAGAAAGAAGAUAUACCAAGUGACGACGUCAGUUUGAAUCUGUCCUGGAGCAGGGUACUAGGUUGUUUAACACGCGCAUUUGGAGUUGGAAGUAACUGGCCUGUUGCUGGCAUUGAGACGAUCUGGGAAGAGUAUUGGCAGCGACUACUUGCCGAGCUGGACCAGUCCAGAGCGCAAGGUAAUAUUGAUACCUCGAGGUCUGCUAUUGAGAUUAUGGGGGGACGGGGUGAGGAUCAAGACGAAGAGGGGUUAUCUGUGGAGUGCAUUCCAACUAAAGCAGGAGGCUCCGAUUAUCAGACCCUCCAGUCCUUUUUCAAAGAUGUAUUCAUCCCCGCUGGACCCCCUAGUCAGCAUAUCCGUCUUCUGUCAAGAACAGUAGGCACGGAUAAAAUUGUGGACGAGGUCCGCUUUUCGUUUUGCCAUACUGCUGAGGUACCUUGGCUGUUACCGGGUGUUCAGCCGACGGAUCGCGAUAUCUCUGUGAACAUCGUUGUUGUGGCUUGUUUUCGUGCGGAUCGUAUUGUGAGACAGAGUCUGUAUUGGGAUCAGGCAGAUGUACUUGUACAGGCUGGGGUUUUGGAUUCCGGACUUGUGCCGAAGAUGGAUGUGAUAGGUUGA